AUGCAGCUCUUCAACACCGUUGUUCUCCUUGCCGCCGCUCGGCUCGCUGCCGGAGCUCCCAUCGACUGCCAGGGCCUCCUGGUGUGGGCGUACGAGGGCGACGCCGACGCGUGCUACAACGCACCCACCGAGGCCGCGUCCGUCACGCUCUACGCGAACACAGUCAUGAGGUGGGACUUGAGCAACCAGCGCAACUGCGGCAGUGGCCUCAAGAGGGCGGACGAUCCCGCGAACACGAACCUCACGGUGACGUCUUUCGUGACCGAGCCCGGCAAGCCUGUCACCCUCGCGACCGGCCCCGGCAAGCCUGGCAACUUGUCGGCUACGGACAUGAGCGGAGAUUGCCAGAAUAACGGUUCGGGUGGAAUUUGGGCGUUCAGGGCUACCAUCAUUGGUUAA